AAAAUUGCAACACACCACUUUUAAGGAAUGUGAAUCUGAUAGUGACUGUCCAAAUUGACUUACACACGCUAUGACCAGUUCAAUCACCUCACGUGGUCGUCACGUGGCCGUGAUCGGACUCGGAGCCGCCGGGCUCGUGGCGGCUCGAGAGCUUCGCCGUGAAGGUCACACCGUCGUCGCUUUCGAGCGUGAGAAACACGUUGGAGGACUUUGGAUGUACACCGAUCGAGUCGAAGCUGACGCACUUAGCGUUGACCCGGAUCGAACUAUCGUCCACUCGAGCGUCUACCAAUCCCUCCGCACGAAUCUACCACGGGAGUGUAUGGGUUACAGUGACUUCCCAUUCGCAACCCGAUCCGGUGACGGCGGCGAUCCGAGACGGUACCCGGACCACAAGGAAGUCUUGACGUACCUUCAAGAUUUCGCCAAGGAGUUCAAGAUCGAAAAGAUGGUCCGAUUUGAGACGGAGGUUUUGUGUGUGGAGCCGGCGGCGGAGGAUAACCGUAAAUGGAGAGUUCAAUUUAAGAGCUCAAGUGGUGUCUCCGGCGAAGAAAUCUUCGACGCGGUCGUUGUUUGUAAUGGUCACUUCACUGAGCCUCGUCUUGCUCAUAUCCCUGGGAUAGAUUCAUGGCCAGGAAAGCAGAUCCAUAGCCACAAUUAUCGGAUUCCAGAUCCAUUCAAAGAUCAGGUGGUGAUAGUUAUAGGAAGUCAAUCAAGUGGAAACGACAUUAGUAGCGACAUAGCUACUAUGGCAAAAGAAGUCCAUCUCUCGUCUAAUGCGGUUGCGUCCGAUUCAUACAGUGGUUACAACAACCUACGGAUUCAUCCUAUGAUAUACCAAGCCCGCGAGGAUGGUUCUGUGGUAUUCCGAAACGGGAAAGUGCUAUUUGCUGAUGUUAUAGUUCAUUGCACUGGUUACAAGUAUCAUUUCCCGUUUCUUAAAACUAACGGUUAUGUGACUGUUGAGGAUAACCGUGUUGGACCGCUCUACAAACAUGUUUUCCCACCCGCACUUGCGCCUGGGAUCUCCUUUAUCGGUAUACCUUUCAUGGGACUUCAGUUCUUUAUGUUUGAAAUCCAGAGCAAGUGGGUUGCUUCGGUUCUGUCGGGACGGGCUAAGCUUCCCUCAGAGGAUAAGAUGAUGGAAGAAGCUAUAGCUUUCUACGCGAAGCUUGAAGAUUUGGGGAUUCCUAAGAGAUAUACACAUUUUCUGACCGAUCCUCGAGGGAAUCCAUUGUUCGGGACGUUUAACCCGGAGGAUGCAGUUGCGAUAUCUCAAAGCGACUACUUCAACUGGAUAGCGGAGCAGUGUGGUUGUGCAUCCAUAGAACCUUGGAGAGAGCGACUAUACAAGGUCGCCAUCAAGAAAGUUUUCUUUGGUGGAGACAGUUAUCGCGAUCAAUGGGACGAUGAUCGACUCAUUGAAGAAGUGUACCGCGAAUUCGCCAAACUGAAAUUGAACCAAGACUCUUCUUCUUAGUUGAUUAUUGAAAUUCCAGAAUCAUGAGCCUAUUUUGAUUGUUAAUGUUAAAGAUUUUACUGAACAAUCACCAAUCAUGGAAAAAUAAAAUAUCCAAACAUUUUGUUUUA